AUGGAUAUGAUUAUGCUUGCUGUAGAGAAUAAUAUCCAACUUCUUUGUAUCCCCCCACAUACUACUCACCGCCUACAGCCUCUCGAUGUUGGCGUUUUCGGCCCCCUGCAAAAGGCCUGGGAAUAUUGGGAGGCACGUAAAAGUGCAUUCACCACUAACACUGUUCUUCAGGCAUGGCACAAGAGUGGCCUCUGCCCAUUCAACCCCAACAUCUUCUCAGCCGUCAACUAUGCACCAAGUGUCUCAACCUCAACCAUCAAACAUGCCCCUGCAUUUUACCCGGACACAUUUUCAGAGGGUUGGGUAGACGGCCCAUCAUCAGAUGACCCAGAUUUUAUCCCCGAUGAUGAAGAGCAAUUGUGUGAGCCAACAAUUGUUGGCCACACCGACUGUCAUGAGCACGACUCAGACAGCAGCUCUGAGGGGAUGGGGAAUGUUGAUGAUGGGUCAGAAACCAGCUCAGGCGAACCAGAUGACGACGGCAAUGGCAGCAGCAACAACAGCAACAGCAACAACAGCAACAGCACGGAGCUGUCUUCUAGUGGCAUAAGGGCCUGGCUUCAAGUAAGCCAGGAUGCUUUACCCCUAGAAGACAUAUCACAUUGCACCCGCUUGUCCCAAUCCCAAUCCAGCAGGAACACGGCCCAGUCUCCCUCUCCUGCGAACUCGCGGUCUGCCACCCCUGCCGCCAUGUCAAUACCGCUGCAGCCAACAUUGCUGCUGAUGCUGAUGUCAAAGAAGUUGCUUAUUGAAAAGAUUCAUAAGCUGUCCAUGCAGCUCAGAGAGGCAUGGUGGGAAUGGGAUAUGAUGCAAAGGCCACGCAAACUGGCCCACUUGAAGGAUAAGCUAAGUAGGAUGAAGGGAAAGGGGAAAAAGAGAAAGGGGUUACACGUUCAUGCCAAGCUUCUGACUAGUGCUGAGUUGCAUGAGAGGCAUAUGGCAGAAGAAGAAGAACGGCGAGAAAAGGCGAGGAAAGAAGAAGAGGCCAAGGCCCUAAAAGCAGCAAAGACGGCUGAGCACCAGGCCCAGAUGGCCAGGCUGAAUGGUACCAAGGUCUUUACAGGAGCACUGGGCAGCAAGGCAAAGCCGGACCUCCAGCUCAUUGCAGCAGCACUCAGCCUGAGUGUCAAUGGCAAAAAGCAGGAGGUCCUUGAUCAGAUCAAGGACCACUUUGAAGCCCACCCAGACCUGAAAAGGAAUGCCCGCUUUGCAGGUUUAUUUGGAACUCAUGCUCAAAGACAGGCUGCUGCCCCUCCUUCAGCCCCCACAACAUCAUUUUCACUCCCAUCUGGAAGCGGCAUAUCCAUGCUUGUUGUUGUAUCUAUCACAGCCCCACAUGGGUUAUCCCCCUCCGUUCUUGCCUGGUACUCAUAA